AUGACUUCUCAUGAAUCAACAAAAGAAGGUAUAUAUUAUAUAUAUAUAGUUUUCGUUUUCAUUUAUAGUUCCUGUCUUAAUAAACCGUCGUGGUUUGGUCAACCUAGACGUCAAGAUGGUCUAUGGGCGUGGCUGGUGUUGGUCUAUCUUUUUCUAUCUUUUCUUGUCGUCGGAGGUGUUAAUUUUGGCUUUGGAGCUAUUCUUCCAGUCCUAAUGAAGUCUUUCAAUGAAAAUCGAGAGAGGACAGCACUGGUUGGAUCGUUAGCCUUGGGGAUAGAUCUACUCUCGUGUGUCUUAACCAGCAUGGUUUGUGAGAAAUGCACUUGUCGAAUAGCUCAUGGUUUGGGUUUGAUCUUAAUAGCAGUUGGUUUUGCUCUCGGUUCCGUCUGCCGAUCUGCAAAUCUUCUGUAUAUUGCCUACAGUCCCCUAGUUGGGUUUGGAUCAUCCCUUGCRUAUAURUCAGGGUAUAUGGCAUUAAGACAAUAUUUUAGGAGGCGAUACUCAUUGGCCGUUGGAAUAGCUUCCGCUGGAACAGGGGCAGGUCCUUUAGCUUUUGGUCCUGCUUUUGAGGUAUUGGCAGAUCGCUUUGGUUGGGAAAACACGUUCCGUGUGGUUUCAGGCACUUUUGUCUUUCUCUUCUUAUUUGCUUUUAUUCUGGACUCGAACGUUGAAGAAUUCAUUAGUAACAGAGCUAACGAAAGAAAUCUUGAUAAUCCAUCAGUGAUCAACGAAAAGAUCAAGCGUAGGGUUGUUUUUGGGGUCCUGGACUUGUCUGUAUGGAAGUUUCCAGAAUAUGUUACAUCUGUGGUAGCAAUUACAAUCGAGUGUUUCGGACAGUAUACAGCGUUAAUCCACAUGAUCAAGUUCGCAGAAGAACUCUCCGUAAGGAAUGCCUCUUCCCUUCUUGUGUUCUAUGGUUUGACCGCAGUCAUCAUGCGACCGAUAUGUGGAAGACUUUGUGAUAUCAGUUUCAUCAAACCAAGAUACAUAAACAUUGUCGGUGCCAUAUUGUGUGGACUGUCAACGAUAAUUUUGGCCCAUGCACAAACCUACGCUCAUCUUGCCGUCGUUGCUGUGUUUUAUGGUAUUGGUGAAGGGGCACUUCGAGUAACUACAAACAUUUUAUUUAUGAAUACAGUAGACGUUCCUCGUAGGGGGACUGCUUACGGACAGGCGUUCAUGGUUACUGCUAUAACGACUUCAGCUGGUCCAACUAUUUCAGGUCUAAUGGCUGACAAAAUGGGAACUUAUCAAGGAGCUUUCUACAUGGCUGGGACCGUUACCAUAUUAGGAGGUUCUGUAUUAUGCCUUCAUUUCUGCUUCUUCAAACAAAAUGAAAAUACUCGUCAAUUAGAAACGCAAAUUCAUGACGGAAAAAAAAUGAAUGAUAAAGACUCUCCAGAAAGUAGUAAUUUACCCGAUCAUCCAUCAUCUUAUUGUGGGCYAUUGGAAAUAAGAAAGGAUAGCGAUUACGAGAUAAACGUCUUUUUAGCCUCACCACAUUCUUGUUUCAAGAAACCGUCGUGGUUUGGUCAACCUAGACAACAAGAUGGCCCAUGGGCAUGGCUGGUAUUGGUCUAUCUAUUUCUAGCAUUUUUUGUGAUUGGUGGCGUYAAUUCUGGCUUUGGCGUUAUACUUCCAGUCCUAAUGAAAUCUUUCAAUGAAAAUCGKGAGAAGACAGCACUGGUUGGAUCGUUGGCGAUGGGGCUAUCUCUGUUUUCKUGUGUCUUCACCAGUAUAGUUUGUGAGAAAUGCACAUGUCGAAUAGCACAUGGCYUGGGUUUGAUCUUAMUGGCAGUUGGUUUUGCGCUCAGUUCUGUCUGCCGUUCUGUAAAUCUUCUGUAUAUCACCUACAGUCCCCUAGUUGGCUUAGGAAUGUCRCUUGCGUUUAUAUCCGGGUUCAUAGCAACAAGACAGUAUUUUAAUAAACGAUAUUCUUUGGCCAUUGGAAUAGCAUCGGGUGCAACAGGAGGWGGGCCUCUAGCUUUUGGUCCAGUUUUUGAGAUCGCUAUACACCGUUUUGGCUGGGAAAAUACUUUCCGUAUUAUUUCAGGCACAUUUGCUUUUCUAUUCYUAUUUKCUUUUGUUAUGGAUUCGAACGUUCARGGAUUAAAAAGUAACAGAACUACCAAAGAGAAACCUAAAAAUGUCCUGGUAGUUAAUGAAAAGAUAAAACGUAAGGUUGUGCUUGGGGUCUUGGACUUGUCUGUAUGGAAGUUUCCAGAAUAUGUUACAUCUGUGGUAGCAAUUACAAUCGAGAGCUUUGGACUGUACACAGCGCUAAUUCAUAUGGUCAAGUUUUCGGGAGAACUAUCCAUAAGCAACGGAUCUUCUCUCCUCGUGUUCUAUGGUUUGGCUACUGUUAUAAUGAGGCCGAUAUUUGGAAGACUUUGUGAUGUCAGCUUYAUCAAACCAAGAUACAUCAAUAUUUUUGGUGCCACAUUGUCUGGGCUUUCAACGAUCCUAUUGAGCUAUGCACGGACCUACGCCCAUCUUGUCGUCUUUGCAGUGUUUUACGGCAUUGCUGACGGAGCAUUACAAGUAACUACACAAAUCUUGUUUAUGAAUACAGUGGACUUUCCCCGAAGGACAUCUGGAUUUGGACAAGCUUUAAUGGUAACUGCGCUCACGACUUCAGCUGGUCCAGCUGUUUCAGGUUUGAUGGCUGACAAAAUGGGGACUUAUAAAGGAGCCUUCUACAUGGCUGGGACCGUUACCAUAUUAGGAGGUUCUGUAUUAUGCCUUCAUUUCUGCUUCUUCAAACAAAAAGAACUCAUCCAUCAAGAGGUGCAGAUUCGUAACGCUCAAACAUCGGACUCAAACAUUAGCGACUUUUCAGAAGCUGGGAAUGUAUCAGACCAUCCUAUAUCUUAUACCGGCCCAGAAAUAAAAGCGAAUGUUGAGUUCGAGACCACAUCCUUUUGAACAUGUAGCAGGUAUCCUCGAAAGGCAUUGUGGGUAGUGAAGAAACACUCCCAAAAAUUGUUAAUGACAUGUUAUUUAUCAUUUUUGUAAAUAGAUGCCAAAGUGCUGAAUAGCUCAAAAUAAGAGAUUUGUAUUAAAGAAACAAAGAAAUGAUCACGAAAAAUGAGAUCUGA